AUGGAUGUUGCUACUCCAACACCUCAAGAUCUACAAAGAAAACUAUACUUUCUAGUGGAACAACUUCAACACAUGGCUGGUGAACUUCCUCCAAAAUAUCAAAUGCGUCUUCCAUAUGAACUAUUAUCUGGUUUAGCUAAUUCUUUAUUAAAUGAUACAAUAUUUGAAAUUGUUAAGGGAUUAAUGGAAAUACAGCAUGUUACAGAAAAACAUCUUUUUCAACAACGUCUUCAAUUAUUAAAUCAACAAAAAAUUGAAAUGCAAGAAUCAUUAUCAUCAAUAUCUACAGAUGAAGAAAGAAUAUCAAUAAAAACAGCAUUACAUAAAAAACACAAAGAAGAACUUAAACAAAUGGAUAUGAAAUUAGUUUUACAAUUGGACCAAAAAGUAGCAGAUCAACAAAGUAUUUUAGAAAAGGCUGGUGUACCUGGUUUUUAUGUUACAAACAAUCCAAUGGAAAUUCAAGUACAAAUGAGAUUAUGUGACUUUAUCAUUAGACUAAGUAAAAUGGAAGUUCCAAGUUAAUAUACAAUUUAUAAAACAUACAUAAGGAUUUUUUCAAUUAUUUUUAAAUAAAUUUUUAAAUUGUAUGAUUUUUAUUAUAAUUAUUUAUUUCAACAAAUUGUACAAUAGUUCAAUUAAUAUAGUGUCUUUUUUUGUACAGUA